ACAUACGCUGCACGUUGCGGAGCCAACUCUUUUCGAGUCGGGUCGAAAAUGAAUCCGAGCCAUCAAGUUUAAGUGAUCUUUUGAUGAAGCCAUGACGACAUUUACAUUCUAUGGAGCGGUUCUGCUAAUACACAGCGUAACGUCUGUGAUGCACACGCUCAAAGUUUUCACAACAUCGUCUUCUCAAAUUGCAAAGCUACCAGAGUACUGGGAGGCCACAUAUGUUGACGGCAUUCAGAUUUUGCAGUUUGACAGCAACAGCAGGAAAACGAAAGCCAAACUGGACUGGGUGAACAAAAUCACAGCAAAGGAUCCAUACUUCUGGGAGCGAGAGUACGAGAAUAACAUUGCCAAUGAGCGGGUGUCCAAAGUCAACAUUGAAAUCGCGAAGGAGCGCUUCAACCACACUGCAGGAGUUCACUUGAUCCAGAGGAUAAAUGGUUGUGAAUGGGAUGAGGAAACCGGUGAAGUGGAUGGUUGGGAACACUACAGUUAUGACAGCGAAGACUUCAUCUCAUUUGAGCCGAGAACAACGAGAUGGAUCGCGACGCAGCCACAAGCUUCCAUGACAAAAAACAAGCUGGACCAAAACGACGGGUUGAAUGAAUACAAGAAGCAUUCCCUUACUGAGAUAUGUCCUUUCCUCUUGAAGAAUCAUGUGAGCAAUGGGCGGGACUUCCUGAUGAGAACAGAGCUUCCCACAGUGUCUCUCCUCCAGAAGACGCCUUCCUCUCCGAUCGCCUGCCACGCGAAAGGGUUCUCCCCCGAGUUGAAGUUGUCCUUCAAUUUCCUUUGGAAGUUGAUGCACACGCUCAAAGUUUUCACAACAUCGCAUGAGGACGUGGAGAUGGGACAGCUCCUCCCCAACCACGACGGAACCUUCCAGACCACGGCCCACCUGAAGGUGGAGGUGACGCCCGACGCGGAGGGCGAGUACGAAUGUGUGUUCCAGCUGGCCGGCGUCCAGGAAGCCGUCGUUGUCAAGCUGGACAGCGGAAGCAUCCUGAGCAACGCGCGCAUCCAAGAAGAAGAACAUGUCAAGAAAAUUGUGGUGGCCAGCGCUGUCGCGUUGGGGGUCCUGGCUCUGCUGACGGCGGGGUUGGCGGUGGUCCUUGUCAAGCGUCCCAGGACCAAACAAGCCGCAGACGCUCAAGCGCCUGCGCCCGUUGCCUCGGAUUCCAAGCUCCUUUCCACAUCUGACUCUGAGCCCGUUUCCGAGUGAGACGCAGCAGCCGUCACCCGGUGAGUCAGCGUCAGAACAUCGGAGGGAGGAUU